CGAUCCCCCGACCUCCUCCUAGGGUUUAGCGUGCGAAUGUCCGGCGGGCGCCGUCGCUGGACUCACCGGCGUCGCCGCCCCCUCACCCCUGACUCCUCUAGUCCUCCCCAUCCGCCCUCCCAGCGCCUCGACCCUCUCUCCCGACGCCUCGCCACAGCCGGCCGGCGAGCUCCCCACCUCCCCGCUCUCCCUUGCGCCGGCCCAGAACGGGGGCUCCUCCUCUCAUCCGCCCAUUCUUCUCCUCCGCAUCUCUUCUCCUCCCCGCCUGCGCCGAUCUCGUGAGCUGGGGUGCUGUCGUCCUUCCCUGCAUCAUCACCAGUUCUCUUUUUUGUUCUCAAAAGGUUUAGGUUUUGGGCGGGGGUUCAACUGAACCCUGGUUGCCAUGGUUCAUUUCAAGAACAGGUACAUGGUGAUGGAGGCCUUCUUCGACGCCACGGGGAAGGGCCAGGCCGACCCUCUCGUUCUCACCCAGCUCAAUGUCACCAAAGCGAUCAGAGACAGCAUCCAGCUCAACUUUGGGGAGUGUGGCAUUGCUGCCUCUCUUGGAUCGUUGCAAGUGAAGUAUGUAAAUCCGAUAACGAAGCUUUGCGUGAUCCGGGUUUCUCGCGAAGAUCACCAGAAGGUGUGGGCCGCUAUCACCAUGGUGAGGAGCAUUGGGAAAAUCCCUGUUUCAUUCAACCUGCGGGAUGUGAGUGGAAGUAUCAGGGCCUGCAAGAAGGCUGCGUUGGAGUGUGAAGAAGCAAAGUUUGAGUAUUUGAAGCUGGCUGCCGGUGAUCGUAUAACGCCGAAGUUCUUGGAGACCAUGGAGAGCUGCUUUGACAAAAUUAAAGGAUUAGAGAGCUAAUGGAUUCGUGUAUCUUAUACAGUUUAGCAUAUUAAACGGAAGCUGGCUGCUGGUGAUCGUAUAACGCCAAAGUUCUUGGAGACCAUGGAGAGCUGCUUUGACAAAAUUAAAGGAUUAGAGAGCUAAUGGAUUCGUCUACCUUAUACAGUUUAGCAUAUUAAACGGUAGGGAAAUAGGUUGACAAUUUUGAUGACUGAUACGUUGUUACUCAAUCAUCAUUGAGCCUGUUUUCUGUGCGAGAAAUGAUGCAUAACGAUUGAAAGAAAUGUUCUCAAAUCCUAUGUUUAUAUGCAGUGUUUGUUGUUCAGCCAAGAGAGGUGUUUGUUUUGCUGGCAG